GACCCACAAGCAGGAAUAUCUCAGAAGGACAUCUAAUGUUAUCCCUGGAUUGUGAAAUAACAGAUAUCGACAGUAGACAGGAUUCUCCAGGAGAUAACCUCAUUACCCCAAUUAUACAUCCAGCUCUAUCAACUGAUCCCCCUGAUCCUGGGAAAUGUUCUCCUGAUCACUCUGAUAUUGGUGCAUCUAUUACAGCUCUGAGAUUAGAUACAGAGUUUCCCUGUUCUACAGAUGCCAAAUGUUUUACACAGAACACAAACCGUAUUACUCAUCAGCCAGCUAAGGCAGGUGGGAGGCCAUUUCCAUGUUCUGAGUGUGGGAAAUGUUUUACAUAUAAAUCAGAUCUUGUUACACAUCAGAGACGUCACACUGGUGAGAAGCCAUUUCCAUGUUCUGAGUGUGGGAAAUUUUUUACAAGUAAAUCAAAUCUUGUUACACAUCAGAGACUUCACACAGGUGAGAAGCCGUAUUCCUGUUCUGAGUGUGGGAAAUGUUUUGCACAGAAAUCUGAUCUUUUUAAACAUCAGAAAAGUCACACAGGUGAGAAGCCGUAUUCCUGUUCUGAGUGUGGGAAAUGUUUUGCAUCGAAAUCAUAUCUUGUUACACAUCAGAGAAGUCACACAGGUGAGAAGCCGUAUUCCUGUUCUGAGUGUAUGAAAUGUUUUCCACAGAAAUCAGAUCUUAUUACACAUCAGAGAAGUCACACAGGUGAGAAGCCGUAUUCCUGCUCUGAGUGUGGGAAAUUUUUUGCAUCGAAAUCAAAUCUUGUUACACAUCAGAGAAGUCACACAGGUGAGAAGCCGUAUUCCUGUUCUGAGUGUGGGAAAUGUUUUACAUCGAAAUCGGAUCUUUUUAAACAUCAGAGAAGGCACACAGGUGAGAAGCCGUAUUCCUGUUCUGAGUGUAUGAAAUGUUUUACACAGAAAUCAGGUCUUGUUACACAUCAGAGAAGGCACACAGGUGAGAAGCCGUAUUCCUGUUCUGAGUGUAUGAAAUGUUUUCCACAGAAAUCAGGUCUUGUUACACAUCAGAGAAGUCACACUGGUGAGGAGCCAUUUCCAUAUUCUGAGUGUGGGAAAUUUUUUACAAAUAAAUCAAAUCUUGUUACACAUCAGAGAAGUCACACAGGUGAGAAGCCGUAUUCCUGUUCUGAGUGUGGGAAAUGUUUUGCACAUAAAUCGUCUCUUUUUAAACAUCAGAGAAGUCACACAGGUGAGAAGCCGUAUUCCUGUUCUGAGUGUGGGAAAUGUUUUGCAUCGAAAUCAAAUCUUGUUACACAUCAGAGAAGUCACACAGGUGAGAAGCAGUAUUCCUGUUCUGAGUGUAUGAAAUGUUUUCCACAGAAAUCAGAUCUUAUUACACAUCAGAGAAGUCACACUGGUGAGAAGCCAUUUCCAUGUUCUGAGUGUGGGAAAUGUUUUGCAUCAAAAUCAAAUCUUGUUGCACAUCAGAAAAGUCACACAGGUGAGAAGCCGUAUUCCUGUUCUGAGUGUGGGAAAUGUUUUGUAUCGAAACCAAAUCUUGUUACACAUCAGAGAAGUCACACAGGUGAGAAGCCAUAUUCCUGUUCUGAGUGUGGGAAAUGUUUUCCACAGAAAUCGGCUCUUGUUACACAUCAGAGAAGUCACACAGGUGAGCAGCCAUAUUCCUGUUCUGAGUGUGGGAAAUGUUUUGCACACAAAUCAUCUUUUGUUAGUCAUCAGAGAAGUCACACAGGUGAGAAGCCGUAUUCCUGUUCUGUGUGUGGGAAAUGUUUUCCACAGAAAUCGGCUCUUGUUACACAUCAGAGAAGUCACACAGGUGAGAAGCCGUAUUCCUGUUCUGAGUGUGGGAAAUUUUUUGCAACAAAAUCAAAUCUUGUUACACAUCAGAGAAGUCACACAGGUGAGAAGCCGUAUUCCUGUUCUAAGUGUGGGAAAUGUUUUACACAGAAAUGA